GGUAGCUUUCACUUUCAAAAGAGUGACAGGUGAAGAAUAUAAUCGCUUUUUCUUAUUUCAGGUUGGAGCCUAUGCAUGAUGUUUGGCGAAAGUAAGCCAUUUUAAAGAUAUUAGAAUCGUCUUUCAGUGACAGCAAAUAUAAAUACGUCAUUAAUAUGGCGCCAAAAGAGUUUAAAGUAUGAUCUUAUUUUGUUGUAAGGUUGCGCACCCGCCAGUGCAAUCGCACAAGAGAGAAGAACGCGAGCGGGCAAGGACGGGGCAGACUAUAUGUUUUUAGGUGGAACGUUGCCAAACGAGCCAGCUUGCUAUCUUUCAUGACUCAUUCUUUGAAAAUGAGGCAUAUUUUUUUUCCUCUACUGGAUUGAGGAAAACAUACUCCCAUGACAAAUCAGAACCUGGGGGAUACCACAUUGGAUUUGGACUAUUUUCGAAAUGCGACAUGGCUUUCAAAAUGAUAUUUGUUAGCUUACCUUGCUGUACCAUAGCUGGCGUACAGUAGAACCGAAUUGCUGGAUGCGGCUAUCCUGCAAGCACGUUCGCUAGCUAGAGAAUUUGGAUUUAAGGAUGAUAUACUCCUAAAGUCAGCUAAAUGUAGCUAACUGCAUUUAGCUGAUACCUGCGAAUGCGGACAUCGCAGGUUUGUUGACUAUUAUAUUAUACUGUCGGAUUGACUAUCAUGGCGUAAAUUUGUCAAUUGGUACUUUUUAUUUUGACUCCUGGGAGAGCAUCUGACGUGCUGUCAACACCAUACAGCCUCGCAGGCAUAGUCCUGUCACCAACGUGAAUAGUCAGGGGGCUAACUAACUAGCUCGCUAGCUAGGGGUAAGUUGGCUACACUGGAAUUUGACCACCGUGAAAUUCACUGUCGCUAGCUACAUGUGGUUAGCUUCAAAUUGUAUCGUAAUUUCUCAUCAUCGCCCAUCGUCCAGAGUCGAGGACGUUUCGCAGCCCGACCCUGACUGCAAUCAAGAUAAAAAGAUGGAGAGGGAGACGAAGAGGAGAAAAUACUCCAGCAGUAGCAAUGACUCGGACACCACUGGCAGUCAAGUGACCUCCUGGUCCAAGUCCUCCAAGAACACAGGGACCAGCAGCACCUGGGUCAGACAGGCGCACAAUAAACCCUCUGAGGAGCUGGCAACCAAGACACACUCACUGGUGUUCCGGACGGACUUCAUCACAGCCAUGAAGCUGCCAGACUCGGCCCAGCUGGGCCCCAAUGACUUCUAUGUGCUGUCAGACCCCUGGAGACAGGAGUGGGAGAAGGGGGUCCAGGUCCCUGCCAGCGUAGACGCCAUCCCAGAACCUGUCGUCAGGAUGCUACCAGAGGUGGGGCGUAUCCCAUUCUACUGGCCAGGGCAGGGCCGGGGGUGUGAGCUGGGUCUGGGCCAGGGGGGCAUGAAGACCACCAAUGAGCCCCAUAGCCGCUAUGAUCUGGAUGACAUAGACGUGUCCUGGCUGGAGCUGGUUAACCUGGAGUUCAGAGAACUGGCGCUGCCGGAGCUGGACGAGCUGACCAUGGAGCGUGUGCUGGUGGAGCUGGAGAGCCAGUGUGAGGAGAACAUGCAGCAGGCCAUUGAGACAGAGGAGGGCCUGGGCAUCGAGUACGACGAGGAUGUGGUGUGUGACGUGUGCCGGUCCCCAGAGGGAGAGGAUGGCAACGAGAUGGUCUUCUGUGACAAGUGCAACAUCUGCGUACAUCAGGCGUGUUAUGGGAUCCUGAAGGUCCCACAGGGGAGCUGGCUGUGCCGAACCUGUGCCCUAGGGGUACAACCCAAAUGCCUGCUGUGCCCCAAGAGAGGCGGAGCCCUGAAGCCCACCCGCAGUGGAACCAAGUGGGUCCAUGUCAGCUGUGCCUUAUGGAUCCCUGAGGUGAGUAUAGGCUGUCCAGAGAAGAUGGAGCCCAUUACUAAGGUGUCCCACAUUCCCGCCAGCCGCUGGGCCCUGUCCUGCAGCCUGUGUCGAGAACACACGGGCACCUGCAUACAGUGCUCCAUGCCCUCAUGUAUUGUGGCCUUCCAUGUGACCUGCUCGUUUGACCACGGCCUGGAGAUGCGUACCAUCCUGGCUGAGAACGACGAGGUGCGCUUCAAAUCAUACUGCCUGGAGCACAGCAGCACUACCGGCAACAGUAACCACGCUGCCGCUGUCGCCGGCAACAGUAACCACACCAACACCAUGACUGGUAACAGUAACCACACCAACGGCGCCCACUGCGCUGGUGCCAGCAGUAAAACGGACUGGGCCGGACACGGCAACGAGCACAGAGCCAACGCCGGGCCGGAACACCACCAAGCGGCCAGCGAGCUGCCACCUGUGGAGCGUCCAGACCGGGACCAGAUGGAGAGAGAGAAGGCCAGCCAGCGCAAACAGAAACUACAGGAGCUGGAGGACGAGUUCUACCGCCUGGUGGACCCCAAAGACGUGGCGGAGAGCCUGGGCCUGCCGGACGCCCACGUGGACUUCCUGUACCAGUUCUGGAAGCUGAGGAGGAAGUCCAACUUCAACCGUCCGCUGGUGACGCUGAAAAGAGACGAGGUAGAUAACCUGGCUCAGCAGGAGCAGGACGUGCUGUACCGACGCCUCAAACUGUUCACACACCUACGCCAAGACCUAGAGAGGGUGAGGAACCUGUGCUACAUGGUGACGCGGCGGGAGAAGAUGAAGACUUCUCUGUGUGACCUCCAGGAGAAGAUCUUCCACCUGCAGAUCCAGCUGCUGGAGGAGGACCUAGCUGGAGAGAAAACCAUGAAGGGGCAGAAGGGAAAGCAGAACGGGGUGAAGGAGAGGGGGAAGGAGCGGCGGAAAAGCAGUCCAGAGAAGAAGAAUGAGAGGUGGAAGUGUGAGAAUGGAUCCCUCCUGAAACAGCUAGGUUUCUCCAAGACCUUCCCUCUGGACAACUCCCUGUUUGACAGCUGGCUGGCCCAGUCGGUGCAGAUCACGGCUGAUGACAUGCUGAGCAAGUGGGCCCUGGAAGCCGGGCAGCACCGUGACAAGACGGCCAACCUGCUGUCUGACCAGCUGCUGCAGGGAGAGGAGAACCUGCUCAGCCUUAUGAUGGACCACUCCAUGAAGUCCACCUGGAAGACCCCUCAGCUGGGCCGCAAGACCCGGGGCAAGCCCCGGACCCGGGGCCAUCACUCCACCACCAACACCGCCGCAGCAACAACCGACACCCCCCCUGCUGCUGCAGCCACCGCAGCCUCCACAGCCAAGGGGGCUCUACUGGCAGAGGAGAGGCCAGGCCAUGGGGCUCGUAGAGGGGAAAGGUCCCGGGGCACCAAGGCCCUCCACCACCGCCACCCCCAGACCAGGAGCACUGAGGCCCCUCUGGACCCGCCACUGCAGCCGCCCACCUCCAAAAUGGACUCCUGUCACAUCUCGGAGGAGCGUGGCCCCUGGGACAGCCUCACGGGUACUGGGGUAGCGUCCUCCCCCCUGGCCUCCAGUUUCCCCCCAUGCAGUAGUCCUGGGACAGUGCCUGAGUGGGGGUCAGGGGGGGGUCCCAUUCCCCGCACGGCCUUGCGCCUCCGCCUGCACCGGCAGGGCAAGUCCCGGGGUAAGGGUGGGGCAUUGCAGGAAGCUGUGGAGCACCCCCUGGAAAGGGAGAGAGAGAGGGACCCCCACCCCGUCUCCCACCCAGUGAAGGAGACAUCAUCAUCGCUGCUGGACCCCGAGACAGACUGCUACUUCACUGACGCCGAGCAGAGCGACUCAGACACACACUCCAGCGCCCGCAAGCUUCGUCUGGCUCAGUUGCAUUCUGGGAGCGAGGACCUGCUGAGGAGGAGCGUGCUGGCUUUGUAGAAAAAACUGAGACGCGCGCACACAUACACACACCAUCGACCAGAACACACACUGUUUUCUCAGACUGACUGGAGCUCCAUCCCAGCUCCCUCUGCCACGGCUUCUGUCUGUGCUCUUGAUAUUAAAAUUAUAGUUAUUUUCUUUCUAGAUCGAUUUAAUGAACAAAAUCUCGGUACAUCACUAGUCAUGAAUCAGUUUAUCUGCUCUGUUCUGGGGAUUUGAAUGUAGCUGCUACAUAGUUAAACAAUGAGGCCCUAGAUGUUAGUAGUUAAAGUAACUGUAUGAUGAUGUAAGAAGAGAAAGUGGAUUUGGACUACGUUACGUUUAGGUUUUAUUUGGUUUAGAUGUAUAACACGGUGGUAAACCAUGUCAUCAACCCUUUCUAGCAACGUGGGGUCAGUGGUAACUAACCACAAAAGUUGGGGUGAAUACUUUGUGGACAUUAUAAGCUAGUUCAGGUGAAUCACUUAUUUUCAAAAGACCUAAGAUGGAUCCCAUGAUGCAAUCCCUGGGAUAUGAUGUUUAAAAAGCCUUUCAGUUCAGAAUCAGACCCAGAACAGCUCUAAUGGGCUAACCCAUCAGUCUGAGAAAUAUACAGAAAAUAUCACAAAAAUAUUAGCCUUUAAAAGCACAAAUAGCUAACAGGAACUGUAAUGCAAACAUUGUGCAUAAACACACUCACACACAUAUACACCACACACAUUACACAAACACACACACGAUUACAUUCUCAAAGCUACUCCCUCUGCAUUCAGCCGUUGUUGUAACAUACUGUUUGAGAAUUACGUCAGCUCUUCACUGACUCUGCCUCCUCUUCCGUUUGAAUCAUUGGAGAAACAAUAUUUAACAAAUUGUGUGCCUUCUGUCGCUCCCCCAAAAUGAGUUUAUCAAUCACUUCUAUAAUCUGAUUUGUUACAAUCAAAAAAGGGAAACCUGUUGUAUUGGUAAUCAAGCGUACCGAAACAGAUGACCUUAAUUGUAGUGCCUAAAAAAGGAUGUAUAUACAGCUUUUGCCAUGAAUCAACCCAACGGCACGCAAAGCCACACAGAUACACAGUUCUACCAUAUUUGUGCAAAUUGCUGCCCCAACAAAGCAACUUCUGGAGUCGUUGUUGCUCCCGUCAGACGAGUGGUAUAAUCAGCUACAGUACAGACUCCUGGAUUCUGACUUCUUUUUUUAGUUCUUUGUAAAUUUGUUUUAACUCUUGUUUUUCGUCUCAGAGAGUUGUAUUUUAUACUUAAAGUGGUCCACAGUAUUUUCUCAGGGUUUAAAAAAAUCGAAGAAGACAUAUAAGAAGGGUUGAAAAUGUAUUGAAAUCAAAGUUAAACCGUAAAUAUAUUAUACUAUAAAAAGGCUAUUUUAUACAUAUAAGUAUGUAUAGAAAAAGUUCCUUUGGCAAAGCUUCACUGUUUGAACUGACUACUACUGUACUGAGAGCUUUUCUCCUGUCUCAAUCGGUACACUACUACUGAUACUUCUACUACCCAACUGGCUGUCUCCUGAGUUGAUGAUGCCAAAGAACAGUGUAAAACAAACUGGGCAGCAUGCACUCACUCGGGUAGCGUCCUAAACAACACCCUAUUCCCUAGAUAGUGCACAUGGUGCCGGUUGGGACACAGCCUCACUCUCCAGUGUCACCAUGGGAUCCGCUGAAGGACAUGAAUACGGAAAUCUACCUGAUGCCAGCAGCGCUGUUCUAGUCGAUUCAAUUGGGAGUUCUGCAUUGCUCAGGCCUGCUCUGGCCUGGUGUGGCUCGGCUUUAACACCCACCACCACUAUUCCACCUUGAACCCUCCCAUUCCCUGCUCCCUUAAGGCUGUUACUUACUGGCCCUCUGUGCCACUGACCUACUCUGGACGGAGUGUCGCAGUUCCCCCCUGCCCCCUACCUGGGAAGAGUUGAAUGCUGCUGAACAAGUGUGUGUGUGUGUGUGUGUGUGUGUGUGUGUGUGUGUGUGUGUGUGUGUGUGUUGUGUGUGUGUGUGUGUGUGUGUGUGUGUGUGUGUGUUGUGUGUUGUGUGUGUGUGUGUGUGUGUGUGUGUGUGUGUGUGUGUGUCAGAGCCCACUGACACCCCCAGUGCUGUUAUCACAGAGUUGGAAUGUAGAAGAUGACUAGAUUUUUGUGUUUUUGUCCGGUCCCUAAAUGGGACCCAUAUUCAGGAUGAAACCCCCUAAAACAGUGUAUUGGUCAGGUGGCUCUGUCUGUCUGCAGACAGUCCGGUUACUUCCUUUGGCCACUUCCUUUCCAUCCACCGUAACCCUUGGAGACAGACCAGUAUAACCAUAGAAAUAGAAUGAGUAGCACAUUCUAUUCAUUCUUACUCUAUGAUUGCAAUGUACACAAUAACAACAACCAUGCUUAUUGUUGUCUGCAGAUAGGUCGUCUGGGUGGAUGAAUAGGGUUAGCGCUGUAGUAGCCCCACCGAAUCCACCCAAACACCUAGUCGUUUACGUGUUGCUAAGACGAUGAAAUGUAAACUUGGUUUCAAUAUUCAAUGUAUACACCAAUUUAGACUAGACAGUGUUUUAGACGGAGCCCUUCAUGUACGGCCCCUAACGUAGUAGAAAACAGGUUGUUAUUAUUGGAGUGGAGCAUCUACGCCCUCUUCCUCCGCUUCCUCUCAGAAACAGUAGGCUCUCAUUUUAGUGAGGUGGUGAGGUCUUUUAGUCCAGCAGGCAGCAGGUGACUGCACUUUUCAUACAGAUUAUAGAUGGAUGGAGGGAUAGAUGGUAUUAUAUCCUCGAUGGACAGUAAUAUCUGACAGAGUACCUAUGGAUUACUAUUAUCCUCCUCAAGCAGGGUUUCUUUGCCCCAUUCCUGAGCACCCACAGGGUUGCGUGUUUUGUUCCAGCCCACACUAACACACCUGAUACAGAUCAUCAAAUUGAUGAUCAGUUGAAUUUAGGAUGUGUUAGUGCUGAGCUGGAACAAAACAUACAUUUGGACAGUUGGUCCCCUGAUAGGGUUGAGAAAGGAUGCUUUGGUGUAGCUGUGGAUGAAUGUCCUAGUGCUAUCUCCGUACCACCUAGGAACUGCUGCUGCUGUUGUUGUUGUUGUCGUUUGUAGCGUGAAAAGGCCAUCAGCACACUAACAGAACACAACGAUGACGUCAUUGAUGAGAAGGAUCUCCUCUUCUGUGUUAGUUGCUUCCUCCCAUAGGGAACUGGUUCAAGGCUGUAGUAGUUGGACUGCCGUUUUCCUAUCUGCUUUUUGUAUGCACCAACAAUAGUAUAUAAUACUGUACUAGAGACCGUUUUGUUUCCUUGUUAAAAGCCUUCGCAAGCUGUUUUUGUAACGCUUCUGCCGCGGCUCAUAUAACUAGAAUGCUGACUCAUAAUCAGAUCAACUGCUUCCUUAUUGGCGCUUUAGCUCUCUGACAGUUGACGGACUGCUUCCACACAGUAAAGUAUGGUUCCAAUCCAACACCCACCCCACAGACUAGGGUUCUGUCUCACUCCCCUCCCUGCUUCAGUGUUCCGCCAGCCCGCCUUGACUUCUUCAUUGUUUUGAAGCACAGCAGGAUCAAAGGAACAAACUUUAAGGUCAAAUAAUGACAUGCGUGUGUAGUGGAGAGAGCGUUUGUCACUCUGCUGCUUAGAGAGAAAAUGUUUGCGCCCUGUCCACACAGUGUACUUAAACAGGCAGGGAAUCUGAACAAUACCCGUCUCUCCCUUUUUCUGUGUGUCACACAAACUCAGUGCAAACACUUCUGUUUUUACUGGAGCUCAUUUUAUUUGCUUUCUUUGCUUUUGUUUUAUACAACCAGAGAGAAAAUGAUUUGAUAAAACAAAAGGGGGAAUUGCUAAUUGCAGUUCAGUUGGCCAGGCCGGCUCCCUUGUGGGCUGAUAGUUCAGUUGGCCAGGCCGGCUCCCUUGUGGGCUGAUAGUCCAGUUGGCCGGCUCCCUUGUGGGCUGAUAGUUCAGUUGGCCAGGCCGGCUCCCUUGUGGGCUGAUAGUUCAGUUGGCCAGGCCGGCUCCCUUGUGGGCUGAUAGUUCAGUUGGCCAGGCCGGCUCCCUUGUGGGCUGAUAGUUCAGUUGGCCAGGCCGGCUCCCUUGUGGGCUGAUAGUUCAGUUGGCCAGGCCGGCUCCCUUGUGGGCUGAUAGUUCAGUUGGCCAGGCCGGCUCUCCAGUGGGCUGAUAGUUCAAUUGGCCAGGCCGGCUCUCCAGUGGGCUGAUAGUUCAGUUGGCCAGGCCGGCUCUCCAGUGGGCUGAUAGUUCAGUUGGCCAGGCCGGCUCUCCUGUGGGCUGAUAGUUCAGUUGGCCAGGCCGGGUCCCCUGUGGGCUGAUAGUUCAGUUGGCCAGGCCGGCUCCCCUGUGGGCUGAUAGUUCAGUUGGCCAGGCCGGCUCUCCAGUGGGCUGAUAGUUCAGUUGGCCAGGCCGGCUCUCCAGUGGGCUGAUAGUUCAGUUGGCCAGGCCGGCUCUCCAGUGGGCUGAUAGUUCAGUUGGCCAGGCCGGCUCCCCUGUGGGCUGAUAGUUCAGUUGGCCAGGCCGGCUCCCCUGUGGGCUGAUAGUUCAGUUGGCCAGGCCGGCUCUCCAGUGGGCUGAUAGUUCAGUUGGCCAGGCCGGCUCCCCUGUGGGCUGAUAGUUCAGUUGGCCAGGCCGGCUCCCCUGUGGGCUGAUAGUUCAGUUGGCCAGGCCGGCUCCCCUGUGGGCUGAUAGUUCAGUUAGCCAGGCCGGCUCCCCUGUGGGCUGAUAGUUCAGUUGGCCAGGCCGGCUCUCCAGUGGGCUGAUAGUUCAGUUGGCCAGGCCGGCUCUCCAGUGGGCUGAUAGUUCAGUUGGCCAGGCCGGCUCUCCAGUGGGCUGAUAGUUCAGUUGGCCAGGCCGGCUCCCCUGUGGGCUGAUAGUUCAGUUGGCCAGGCCGGCUCUCCAGUGGGCUGAUAGUUCAGUUGGCCAGGCCGGCUCUCCAGUGGACUGAACAGCGCGCAGCUGAAGCCUGUUCUCUCACUUCCUCCAUGGAGAACGCUCACAGGAAACUAACCCCUGUUCUCUGGCAGCACAGUGGCCGGAUCUCAAAUGGUACAAUAUUCCUUUUAUAGUGUACUACAGGCCCUGGUCAAAAGUAGUGCACUAUCAAGAAAAUAGGAUGCCAUUUGGAAUGCACACAAACUAUUUGUGACCAGCAGGGUCACAGAAUGUGUUGCUCUCAUUAAAACCAAUAGUUGCCCUCCAGAAGUUAGAGGCUCAGACUUGAAAAUAAAAUAAAAAUGUAAUCCAAUGACAUUUCAAAUGUUUUUCGCGAUGUUCGUUUCCUGACCUGUAUGCACUUAUGAGUCCAUUUCCAGGAGAUAAGGUUUAAUAUCCAGAACCACAGCUGCUCCUCCUAAGGUUGGGCCAAUUUACCAUUAGUGUCUCUGCAAGCGAGCCAAGCUCAGAUUUUUUGCAGUUUUUGUAACUGAUCUGGCAUCACUUUUCUGCCUCCAAAUUCAGGCUACAUCCCAAAUGGCACUGUAUUCUCUAUGAAGUGCACUGCUUUUGACCAGGGCCCUUAGGGCUCUGGUCAAAAGUAUUGCACUAGGGAACAGGGUGACAUUUGGGAUGUUAAGUCUCUAAAUACCUGUCCUGUAUCUCCUACUGGUCACAUCCAUCAUUUUGAUAGGAGUCAGUGAUCUCUCUUAUCAAAGCAGACACUAACAUGGUUUCCUCCUCCCUCCUCCACCUGCCUGUGUUAUUUGUCCUUAAAAGGCGCUGAAAUCUACUGCUGCCGUGUACAAUUCAAUUCCUCACCCAUUUUGGCUCUAUCUGCAUCAGUUAUACAAUACGAUAAUAUGAAUGUUGCAGGAGUUUAUCCUGCUGUAUUUUUUGUUUCAAAGAAUAUUGUGCCAUUUGUUAAUAGCAAAGAUAAAUAUUGAACAUAUAUUAAAAAGAAAAGCUAUUUUAAAUUAUUUUGGGGCUUUUUUUUGCAAUAUUUAUUUUCUUGUAUUAGAAUCUUCUUUGUAGGAGGAAAAAUUAAACAUGUAUUUUUCAUUAGUGCAAAAACCUAUUUUUCCUUUUUGUACAAUUUCAAUGUUAAGCAAAACAUUAAAAAGCAAUAUGAUGUUCCAUGUGACUGUAUCUGCAUGCUGUUUGUGUUGCCUUGACGACGGCUGCGUCCACUAUGACCCUGUUUCCCCCUCCUCCCCCCGGCACUCUAGAGUGGUUGACCAGUGUAGUCAAUAAAGCAGUGCUUUCUGUGUA